AUGAACGCAUCGACGCAGCCAGCUCACUCAAGCACGCCAACUCCACCGGAUAUUUUGAACCGGAUGCUUCAACAUCUUCGAGUGCAGCACCGCGGCAAUCCUGAGGCUCAUAGACAACUCAAACAAGGUCCAGCAAACACUAGCAUUGCGACAUCCCAUUCGGCUCCCACUCCAACGGGGUGUGUUGAUGAGCUGAAGAAAGAGUUACAAACUCUGUCAAAGGAGAAUCAAGUCGUGAAGGCCAAUCUGCUUGCAAAGGACGACGAGCUGGCUCAGUCUCGAAAGGAGCACCUGGAGCUGAAGAUUCAAUUUGAGACUUUGAAAGCUGAAACGCAGAAGGACAAGGAACAGCUGAUUUUAUACAACGAGUACUUCGAAUCAACGGAGAAAACAAUCGCACGUCUCAACAAGGAGAAACAGGAUUUCGUUUUGUUGGGCGAUCAGCAGAAAGGUCUAUUGGAUAAAGCGACGAAAGAAGCUGAGAGGAUGCGACAAAAGCAUGAUCACUUUUUGGCUUUGCUUGCAGCAUUAUGUUACAACGAGAACCGUCGUACACUUCUGCGCUCAACUUUUCUUUCGAUGAAUGUAUUGGUUGGAUUGGACGAGGAUCAUUUGGACCAACUCUUUCAAUUUAUUAACUUAGAAGACAACGGGACUUCAAAUGCCGCAUCUACUACCAGU